UAAGCCAUGGCCUCCCGCAAAACCGUAAACCGCCGUCAACGGCCACAAAGAGCCACUUCCAAUGUGUUCGCCAUGUUCGAUCAGGCUCAAAUUCAAGAGUUCAAAGAGGCAUUCAACAUGAUCGACCAAAACCGCGAUGGAUUCAUCGAUCAAGAGGAUCUGAAGGAUAUGUUCGCUUCCCUUGGAAAAGAAGUCACCGAACAAUUCAUCGAUUCGAUGAUUAACGAGGCUCCCGGAGCACAGCCGAUCAAUUUCACAAUGUUCCUGACACUUUUCGGUGAAAAAUUGACUGGAACGGAUCCGGAGGAAGUCAUACGGAAUGCGUUCCAAUGCUUCGAUGAGGAUAAUUCGGGAAAACUCAAUGAGGAGCAUCUUCGCGAGUUGCUCACCACGAUGGGCGAGAGAUAUUCCGAGGAACAGGUUGAUGAGCUCUUUAGAGAUGCUCCGAUUAAGGGCGGACAAUUCGACUACGUGGAGUUCACUCGUAUGCUCAAACACGGAACCAAGGACAAGGAUGAGGCUUAAACUGGCUCGCAAACUCACACAAAAUUCUCGAGUUUUUCAAGAUUCAGUUCGCUUACACACGCUUUCUUUUUCGCCUCAAAUAAUUAUUAUCAUUCAUGCUUUUUUUCACACCAUCUAUUUAUUGUUGUAUUCCACUUCCCCCAAUACCAUGUGCAUAAAUAAACUCGAAAACGGUUG